GGCGAACACAAAUACACUUCAACAUUCUCACUCAACUACUCACCAUCACUACUCACCUACACUUGCCCUUUUACACGCCUAAGAACGUCUUCACCGUUAACAACAGUUCAUUUUGAGAUCUUACAUCAUGGCCUUGCCUCGGACAGCGGGGACGUUCAGCGCCAUGUCCACCUCCGCUUUUAACAGAUUUGCCGCCUCAACCUCCUCCGCCGCACGAAACUGUCCGCAAUGCUCACGAGCCUUCUCAUCAUUCACACCAUACCGACAGUCCUCCAAGCGUCAACUACAAACAGCGACUGCAUACCGACCCUCGUCGUUGGGUCUGGAGCCGCCGCCACGGAAUUUUGGGGUGCCGAACACGUCGAUAGCGGGCGGAAUACCCGAGGUCCGCAAUUCAAUGCCAUCACAAUCGUCGCAAGAGCAACGAGAUAUUCCUACGUGGAACCAAUACAAGAGCACCAAAAUUUCGGAAGGCGAGGCUCAGAAAUCCCAACCGCAACAGCCAGCCAAACCUCUCAGGCCGCGCAGAUACAAAUUCGGCCCACGCAAAGCGACCAUCACCCUGUCUCCAUCCGCCGUUUCACAUCUUAGAGAGCUAUUGAAUCAACCAGAACCAAAGUUGAUAAGAAUCGGCACCAAGGCCAAAGGUUGCUCAGGAUUGGCGUAUCACUUGGAGUACGUGGACAAGCCAUCUAAGUUGGAUGAACAAGUGGAUCAGGAUGGCGUCAAGGUCCUCAUCGACAACAAGGCCCUUCUGAAUAUUAUUGGCAGCGAGAUGGAUUGGCUCGAGGACAAGCUUAAUCAGAGAUUUGUCUUCAAGAACCCUAAUAUGACGGAACAAUGCGGAUGUGGAGAGUCGUUCAGUGUCGGAUAAUUACAAUACUGAUCACUCGAAACUUUCUUUCUCAUUCUUCUAAUCAUGUUUCUCUGGCUUGUCCGAUGCAUCUCCGGCUAAGGCAUUUGAGGAUUACAAAUCCACAUUCGAUGACCGUUGGGAUCAAAACUUUCCAGGAGUAAAGUCAAGAACCCGAACAUUCUGUACUACGGCGCCAACACUCUUUACAAAGGCCAGGUGGGCAGGAUCUUUGUUCAAAUAAUACUCGCGAUCCUCCUCGUUGUCAAACUCGGCGACGAAGCCAUGACUCAAUCCACCUGCAUGCCCUUCAGGACUAUUAUUUCUCCCACCAACGAGCGACUUCACAUAUGGUUGUUGGGUCGUUGGGUGGAUGCACUGCUCUCGCAGUGCCAUCAUGCUUUUGCAUGUCU